AAGCAGUGGUGUCAUCGCGGAGCAGGCCCAGAGUGCGUCGGCGAGGCGGAGCGGAGCGGGUUCCUGCGUCAACAGUGCUUGGACGGAACCGGCCGCGCUCGGGCCCGCCGCCUCACUACCACCACCAGCCACACACUGACACCGCAGCCUCCCCUCUCACGGCAGCGCGAUGGCUACCCCUCUCUCCCAGGUGCGCCAGAACUACCACCAGGACUGCGAAGCGGCCGUCAACCGCCAGAUCAACCUGGAGCUCUACGCGUCCUACGUGUACCUCAGCAUGUCCUACUACUUUGACCGGGAUGAUGUGGCUCUGAAAAACUUUGCCAAGUACUUCCUGCACCAGUCCCAUGAGGAACGUGAGCAUGCUGAGAAGCUGAUGAAGCUGCAGAAUCAGCGGGGUGGCCGCAUCUUCUUGCAGGACAUCAAGAAACCAGAUCGUGAUGACUGGGAGAAUGGACUGACAGCAAUGGAGUGUGCCCUGCACCUGGAGAAGAACGUGAACCAGUCACUGUUGGAGCUGCACAAAUUGGCAACUGAGAAGAACGACCCGCACCUGUGUGACUUCAUUGAAACUCACUACCUGGAUGAGCAGGUGAAGGCCAUCAAGGAGCUGGGUGACCAUGUGACCAACCUGCGGAAGAUGGGGGCACCAAAGUAUGGCAUGGCAGAGUACCUCUUCGACAAGCACACCCUCGGGCACAGUGACAAUGAGAGCUGAAGUCUUGCCACAAACACCACCCUGUGGGUUUCAGGAAGAUUCCUGCUUUACUGUCCAGCAGUGCAUGCAUCUUCAGCUAUCUAGAUAAACAGUUCUCUUACUCUGUACCAAAUAUCAGCCUUCUUUUCUCCUGUGUUUUGUGUAUCGCCUUCCAUCCAAUAAAGUGACUUGGUUCAAA